UCUUAUUUCUCGUUUGAAAUGUAUUAAUACAGAAGAAGCUAAGCCUAAGACAAAGUGAGUACUUCCAGUAUUAAUUCCCUUACAAACGACUAACAAAAUAUAGAUGUCAUGAGACUGAAAGUUUACCAUUAAACUGCAAAUUGCCUUAAAUGUAUUAACCAGGUAAACAUACAUUUAAUAAAACCUAGGUGUCUAUAUGAUUAGCAGCAUGCAGCAGAUUUGAUUUUAAUUCUGCUUGUGUAAUGUGGCCACAUUACUUCUGUUUGCGUUUAAUUGUUUCAGCAGUAGCAAAAAUUGGAAAAUGAAUUCAUUCUCAGAAAGUCAUUGGGGAACAGUAUCAUCUUAACAGUGUGCAAACAACUGUUUGUUUUUUCGCCUUAGUGAAAGUGCACCCACAUAGGUGCACUUUCUUCGACUCGUGUAAUUAAAGGGUUCAGGUGAUGAUGGGGCAGGUAAUGAAUGAGGUGUCAAGCUGGUGACGAUAUUAGCGAAACGUUGCACAUGUCAUCCCCAGGCCUACGAUCUUCGUGCCCGGCCUUGCAGCCCCAAAGAUCCCUGAAGGAGAGAAAGUUGACUUUGACGACAUCCAUCGCAAGCGCAUGGAGAAGGACCUGAAUGAGCUGAAGACGCUGAUCGACGCCCACUUCGAGGGCCGCCAGAAGGAGGAAGAGGAGCUGGUGAACCUCAAGGACAGGAUCGAGCAGCGACGAUCUGAACGCGCGGAGCAGCUUCGCAUCCGGGCCGAGAGAGAGAAGGAGCGCCAGCAAAAGUUGGCGGAGGAGAGGGCUCGGAAAGAGGAAGAGGAGGCAAAGAAGAGGGCCGAAGAUGACGCGAAGAAGAAGAAGGCUCUCACCAACUUGAGCGGCUACGCGCAGCUGGCAGACAAGCGCGGCGGAAAGAAGCUGACGGAGAGAGAGAAGAAGAGGAAGAUCCUGAGCGAGAGGCGUAAAGAGCUGAACAUCACCCACCUGAGCGAUGACAAGCUCAAGGAGAAGGCCAACGAGCUCUGGCAGCGGAUGUACCAGCUGGAGGCCGAGAAGUUUGACCUGCAGCGUCAGGUCGCGCGGCAGAAGUAUGAGGUCGUCGUCCUGAGAAACCGGGUCAGUGAUCAUCAGAAGAUCACAAAGGGAAUCAGAAGCAAGCGAGGCCUGCGGCAAUAGUCGGAUCGGCUACACCGGCAUUAAGAAACCGGCGGAGAAGACGCCUCGACCAGCCGUACCCUGCUCUCCCUGCCAGACCGCCGGAGCAGAACCCUGGGAAAACGCGCUGAAAUCGUCCGCGCGCCAAACGCAGCAUGUUUCAUAACGUCGCACUCUCAUCACCGCGUUCUGAAGUUUCCUUGUUACUUACGAUUGAAAUUAGGCAGGAAAUACGCACCGAACACCGCGAUGUAACUACAUCUUUUAUGUAUUGCUGUUGUUUUAAUUUUAUGUUAUAAUGGUUGAAACAAAAAAAAAUGUGUAAAAAGAAUGCUACGUUACAUCAUACUUUUGUGCUUCAAUUAAACGCUGUUCCUCUCAAGCGUG